AUGACCACAUUACCAUCUACCGCAUCAACCAUGUCAUCUUUACCUAUUGAUGACACUUCCAUAACUCAUUCAACUAUUGAUGACAAUAGUCAAUUGGGUGAUUUUGAUACUUUAAUGAAGAAAAAUCAAUCGAUUGGUAUCGAUCAACAUUAUCGAGAAUCAAUUUGUUGUGCACUCGAAUGUGAUCUACGUCGAUUGGACUUAAGCAGUAUGCCGAAAGCAGUAGAAAAUAUAAAAGCGAAACGAUUGAAUGUUUUAUCGACGUGCCUAUCUGAUCCAUGCGAUCUAUCUUCAUCGUCAUUCAACCGCCAAAGAUUACUAGAAAAUAAUAUAGAUGACGAUGAUGAUGAACAGUCUCACACGUUGUUAUCAUUGACUGAUGGUAUGGUAGCUGGUCGACCAUUUUCUCAUUGUGAUCAACGCUCGCUGAGACAAGAUGAGCAACCAAUAGAAUCUCAACCAUUCAUCGUCUCGAAUCAGACAAGAAAUAUUAUUGUUCGACCGCAAUGGAUCAGUCGUUCCAGCGAAUCUCCAACUAGUUUCAAAGCCUGUCUGCCUUCGCAUACAACCAAUAGCAACUCCGAAUUAGACUCGUUUCCAUAUACACCAGUUAUUAUGUUCAUAAAUAAGCGUUCUGGUGGCCAACAAGGGGACAAAGUUUAUCGAAAACUCUUACGAAAACUUAAUCCACGCCAAGUAUUUCUUCUAGAAAACGAUGCAACCAUCACCCAAGCUCUUGACAUCUAUUCUUCGCUACCGAAUAUUCGUAUUUGCGUGUUUGGUGGUGAUGGAACUGUUGGUUGGAUUCUUGGUCACCUAGUCAAGGCUUAUCCAUUGGGAAAUAAUCCACCAGUGAGCAUUUAUCCUUUAGGAACGGGCAAUGAUCUUUCACGCGUAUUAGCUUGGGGUGAUCAAUACGAUCCGAAACAUAUUUUUCAUAUGCUCGUACAAAUUCCAAAAGCUAAAGUGGUUGCACUCGACCGUUGGGAAGUUCAGCUCGAACAACUCAAUGUGUCAACAUUGUCUUCACCGAUACAACAAAAACGAAAGAGUGGAUUUCAAAUUAGUCGUAAACUUCAACCGUUAGUCAAGCAUCCGAAAUUUGUUCGUGAAAAAAAGCGAGUCACCUAUGAAAAUCAUCACGAGUUACCAAAUACACACUUCAUCAAUUACAUGAGUUUCGGUUUAGAUGCAGCCAUUACGCUCGAUUUUCAUGAUAAGCGCACACGUCAUCCAUCGAAAUUUUCGUCACCGUGGAAAAAUAAGCUCAUGUAUUUGAACAGAAGCUGUAAACAUAUGAGUGAUUUUGCUCAAGCAAAUAUGUGGAAUCUCGGUUCUUAUAUUCGUUUGAUAUGCGAUGGUCACGAUUUAACGGAUGCCAUACGUAAUUGUCACACGUUAGUCGUACUCAACAUUUCAGGCUAUGCAUCAGGUACGAAUCCAUGGAGAAAAUCUUCAUCGACAAGCUCAACUGUCCCUUAUACCGAUCAACCGCUGACUUUUCAAAGAAUUAGUGAUUCAAUCGAUGAUAUAAAAAUGAGUUCAGUUAAUGUAUUCGAUUCGUUAGCUGAUACACACGAAGCUAUUGAAUUUACCAAUUUGAACGAAUGUCGUAUACAUCAAACGGCUAGCUCAUCGGCGACGACAGUCCCACCUAAUUGUUUCGAGCAACAAGAUUUUAGCGACCAAAAAAUCGAAGUUGUCGGUUUGAGUACUACACAUAUGGCUACAAUCCAUAUUGGUUUUGGUGGUAAUCGAAUCGCUCAAUGUAAUCAAUUGCGUAUUGAACUUUGCAGUCCGAUGACGGCACAAAUGGACGGUGAACCGUUCUAUCUUCCAGCUUCAGUAGCUCUCAAUAUUAAUCAUGCUGGCCAAGUAUUUGUCUUAAAAAAUCAGAACGAAUAG